AUUUUAUGUCAUUUUUGGAGGUCUUGUGACGGCGCAACAUUUAAACUUCAAGAUUGUGAUAAAUUUUACGGAGUGUAGUGAAAAGAUAAAAAUGUUUAUAACAGCUUUAACAUAACAUUUAUUUACAAAUAAAUUAUAUAAUAUUCGGAAAAUUUUAAAUUCUAAGUAUCUAAUAAUAUAAAAAAAUGAGCAUCGAUUUAAGCCAGCCCCGCUACGACCAAAGCUCGUAUGCGGGACGAGCCAAACAUUUCCUGCUUCUCACCAACCCCCUGAACGCUUUCGCCUCCACGGAGCAGCUCGAUGAGGCGAAAAAGGUGGUUACAGAAUUUAAGCGAAGUCGACGAAUGCCAGCCGGUUACGACUUGGACAAGUUGUGGGCGGCCAAGUACUUGUACGACAGCGCGUAUCACCCCGACACCGGCGAGAAAAUGUUCGUCCUCGGCAGAAUGGCCGCUCAGGCGCCGAUGAACACUAUCAUCACCGGGUGUAUGAUUACGUUUUACAAGACGACUGCCGCGAUCGCGUUCUGGCAAUGGGUCAAUCAAACCUUUAAUGCGCUCGUCAAUUACACGAACCGAGGAGGAGAUGCGCCCAUGAGCAUGACGCACCUGCUGGGCUCUUACUGCGCAGCGUGCGGAGGAGCCCUCGGCACGGCUCUCUACCUCAACAGCAAAGUCAAGAACAUGAGCCCGAUCUACUCUCGCCUCGUGCCGUUCGCUGCUGUUUGCGGCGCCAACUUCAUCAACAUUCCUAUGAUGAGGAGCGGGGAGUUAAUGAACGGCACCCCGGUGUUCACGCCGGACGGUAAGAGAGUCGGGGAAUCGAAGGCCGCGGCGCGGUACGGCAUAAGUCUGGUCAUCGUUUCCAGGAUCUUCAUGGCUCUGCCCGGAAUGACGGUGACCCCCAUGAUAACAAACAUCGCGACGCAGAGGGGCCUCUUCUGCCAUUACCCCAAGGCGGUGAUUCCGUUCCAGUUGUUCCUGGUGGGUUUGUGCGUGACCUUCGCGACUCCGCUCUGCUGUGCGAUCUUUGACCAACGCGCUUCCCUCGCCGUCGACAGCCUCGAUACAGAGCUUAAGGAUACCGUAAAAAAGAAUUACCCCAACGUAAAGCACGUCUUCUUCAAUAAGGGCCUGUAAACUCCGUCCGUUCUCCGUUGCCCAUCGGCCCAUCCGAGAGGAGCGUGCCGUUUGCCGUGCCGCCAAAAGCAAACUUCAAAGACGUCAUUCCAAAAAAAAUAUAUUUGUUUAAAUUUAAUUUUUACAUUCUACACAAAGUUUUUAAAGAUUUUUUUAAUAUUUUUGCGUUAUAUUAAUUUUAGCUCAACGUGUUAGGUUGUGAUAUAUUUUGUUAUUGUGAUCUGAUAAUAAUAGGAUUAGAAAUUGUUAGUUUAUUAUAUCCGCCCUACCGGUUCAGACAUCGGCCAGAAGUUUUUCAGAUUACUUGUUCGCAAGGGCUCACCCUUGCCGCAAACUAUAAACUAUACCUCAAUGACAGCAAAUUUCUCAUUCUCUUUUCCCAACAAUAAUUGUAAUAAGGAAUAAGGAUUUACUUAACAAUUUGUUGACAUUGCUUUAAAAGAUAAUUUGUGAACGGGCAAAAGUUCCAAGGACGACAAUAAUUUUAAAUUGUAAGUAGAAUAAUUGUAAUGUGAACAAUUAAAAUUUUGUUUAAAACA